AUGACCUCGCCACAGGACGCUGAGGCGCCGCUAAUAGAGCCAGAUCAGGACGACCGGACGCUCAGGGAUGAGCUGGAGCACGAGGAGGAGGUGGCUCGCCAGGAGGAUGCCCUGUCCCGCGGCGACUCUGAGGACUUGGCGCAGAUCGCCGCCUCGGUGCUGCACGGCGAGACGCGGCUGACCCAGGCAGGCACCCAGAACGGGAACGCCGCCUGCGCCGCCGGCCCCCGCGCCCGGCGGGCAUGGCGUAUGCUCUGGCUGGGCCCGCCCAUCGCCACCGCCAACCUGGCCACCACCAUCAUAGGGGCGGGGAUCAUGGCGCUGCCGCGCGCCUUUGCCACGCUAGGCGUGGUGCUGGGCGCGUCCAUGCUGGCGGUCAUCUUUGUGCUCUCCUUCUUCUCCCUGGGAGUGCUGGUCAGGGUGUCCCAGCUGACGCACCACUGGACCUACCACGAUGUGGUGUCUGCAGAGUAUGGCUACCCGGGCCUGCUGGCCCUCAAGCUUGCUAUCAUCAUCAACAACGCCGGGUCCAUGAUCGUGUACCUCAUCAUCAUCGCCGACGUGCUGUGCGGCGUACCGCCAGACUACAACGGCCUGGUCACAAACCUGCUGGGAGUGCACGACCCCAGCGUCUGGUUUGUGAGCCGCCCCUUUGUGCUGGCGGUGUGCUGCGUGCUGGUGCUGGCGCCGCUGCUGAGCCUGCGCGACUUGGGCCGCCUGGGCCCCAUGUCCACAGCGGGGGUGGUGGUGGCGGGCGGCUUUGCCGUCUCGGUGGUGGGCAUCACAGGAAUUGCGAUCGCCAAGGGGCAGGUCGGAGACUUCCACUGGCUGCCCACCGCGGAGAUGAUGGGGGACACGCCCUCCCAGGUGGCGGUCAACCUUCUGGCGGUGCUGCCCGUCAUAUCACUCAGCUUCAUCUGCCACUACAACGUGCACCCCAUCGCCCACAGCCUGGAGCGGUUCAGCAACCGGCGAAUGAUGAUGGUCAUCCGCCGGGCGCUCAUUGUCUGCACGCUUGUCUUCACGCUGGUGGCGGGCGGCGGCUACAUCCUCUUUGGCUCCUCCACCCUGGCCAACAUCCUCAACAACCUCACCCCCGACAGCCUGGCGCCGGUGGUGGGGCAGGCCAUGGGCUCGGUGCUGUCCUUUGCCAACCGCCUGGGGUACUGCAUCAGCCUCAUGGUGCGCAUCAGCCUCAUGGCCACCUUUGCCAUGCUGAACUGGGCGCUGCGCGAGACGGUGACCAAGCUGCUGUUCCACAAGCCCGUGCUGCCCGGCCCCGGCUUCCACGCCCUCUCCUACGCCCUGCUGGCAGUCAUCUAUCUGGUGGCCAUACUGGUGCCCUCGGUGUGGACGGCCAUGAGCGUGACGGGCGCCACCGCCGCCACCUUCAUCGCCUUCAUCCUCCCCGGCUUCCUCAUCCUGCGCGUCGCCUCCCGCACCCACCGCCUGUCGGCCACCAGCCGCGUGCUGGCGCUGGUGUGCGUGGUGCUGGGGUUCACCAUGGGAACAGUCACCCUGCUCAACACCUUCUGGCUGUCCAAGUCCUAG